AUACUUCCAUCGUUAUUGAAUAGUGAUCACGCUGUUUUGUCAUCCACGUUUAGAACUAGUGACAUGAAUAUCGUCUGCUGACGCUUUCAAAAGAAGGUUGGAUCGACUGAGCGAGCACCAUUGCUGGGAAUCAAACAAGACACCUGGCUUUCUUUCCUUUCGAAACUGAGACAAAACUGAAUAUUGGACCUCGGUUUCUUUAGCACUUUUGGUUCAGUAAGCCGCUGCGCAAAGUUUGAGUAUUCACGAAACAUUUGUCCACAUAUAAGUCAAGCAUUUGAGAUGCGUCUGUUUGCAGGAAGUUAUGGGGAAUCGUUUCCAAGGAAUGGUUAUUUCGAUGUCUGCAAAGGAUAGAGAUUUCAAUUUUGGACACGGUGAGAUAAGCAAUAGCGUUGACAUUAAAGUCUCACAGCCAAUGGACGAUAUCAGUCCUUUCCUUUCGUCCAGACCCCUAUCCAGCAAAACUAGAGUUUCUGAAACUUCUCAAAACAGUCCGCCUUUGGUUAACUGUGCGAAAUCUAAGGCGCAGCCAUAUCAAUCAGCAAAUCUCACACCAAACGUUGGAAUAAGUAUUUCUCAUCCUUCUGAUACACAAACUGUAACCACUACGAAGAUUAGUGGUAAAAGUGUUAAGCAGUUUAAACCCAAACAUUAUGUUGCAUUAUUCGAUUACAAUGCUCGAACAGAGGAGGAAACAUUUCUUUCUAGAAGAGAUGAAGUCUUGCUGUUAGCUGACAAUGAUUCAGAUUGGUGGCUUGUACAGAACUUAAGUUCCGGUAGGAAAGGAUAUGUUCCAAGCUCGUUUGUUGCGAGAAAAGGAUCAGUUGAAGCUGAAGAAUGGUUUAUGCCCAAGUUGUCACGUAAGGACUCCGAAAGACUACUACUACUGGAGGGCAAUGCGCAAGGCGUGUUUUUAGUACGUGAAAGUGAAACCAGCCAAGGUUCCCUAACAUUAUCUGUACGAGAUGAAGAACGUGGAUUAUCCGGUAUUAUGAAUACAGUGAAACAUUAUCGUAUCAAACAUCCAGAUUAUCGCUAUUAUUAUAUUACAACCAAGUGUAGUUUUUCUAGUCUUCAAGAAUUAAUACAAUUUUACUCAAUUGAUUCACAUGGUUUAUGUUGUAAACUUACAAGGGCAUGUCUAUGUCCACCACCAAUAACCUCAGAUUUAUCAGUUAAAACAAAAGAUCAUUGGGAAAUAUCUAAAUCUUCAAUUGUUUUGACUGAAAAACUUGGAGCUGGACAAUUUGGUGAAGUGUGGAAAGGUACAUGGAAUGGUACUACAGAAGUUGCUGUAAAAACUUUAAAACAAGGUACAAUGACUAGAGAGGAUUUUCUAAAAGAAGCUCGUAUUAUGCGUGCAGCUCAACACCCAAAAUUAGUUCGAUUAUAUGCUGUGUGCACAGAAGAUCCUAUUUAUAUUGUUACUGAAUUAAUGUGUAAUGGUAGUCUACUACAAUAUCUUCGUGAUGGACCUGGAAAAAAUUUACUGAUUAAUCAGUUGGUUGAUAUGAUGGCUCAGAUUGCUAAUGGAAUGGCUUAUUUGGAAAAAGAGCACUAUAUUCAUCGUGAUUUAGCCGCACGUAAUAUUUUAGUUGGAGAAAAUAAUUGUGUUAAAGUAGCUGAUUUUGGUUUAGCUCGUAUGGUGGAAGAUCACUACUCUACAUAUAUGGCUCAGAAAAGUACAAAAUUCCCAAUUAAAUGGACAGCACCAGAGGCUGCAUUAAUGGGUCGUUUUACAAUAAAAUCAGAUGUCUGGUCAUUUGGUAUUGUUAUUUAUGAAUUAAUAACACUAGGCCAAGUUCCUUAUCCAUCAAUGAAUAACACAGAGACAUUGCAUCAAGUUAGUACUGGUUAUCGUAUGCCACGUCCAGUGAAUUGUCCACAACCAAUAUAUGAUAUGUUAUUACGGAUAUGGGAUAGCUGUCCAGAAAAACGUCCUACAUUCUCAGUUCUAUUUGAAUUUUUUGAAGAUUAUUUUGUCACAUCUGAUACUAAUUAUAAACAUGCUAAUUCAGCAUUAACUGGUUGUAAUGCUUCCAUCACAACUAUUAAUAAUAAUAAUAUUAGUCCACAUCAACCAGCCAAAUCAAUACCACUUGACACAACAAGUUCAUCUAGCACAACAUCGAUCAAUAUCGACGGUACUCAUUCCGCUAUAUCGAAAUGUUGUAGUGGACGUCUAUUAUCAAGAGAUAAAUUACUGCGCCAAAGUACUCAUUAAUUGAACAAGUAUUUGAUUGAAUUCAGUUUUUAAUUCUUGUUUGGUUGUGCCGUUUAUUUCCAUGUUAUUGAUUGAAGGAUCAUUGAAACUAUCUACCUGAAUGUAAUCAGAUUAUUCUCCUUUUUUUGCUCAUCUUUACUUUAUUUUUUAAAAAACAAAAGAAAAAAUGGAAAUUUAUGUUUAAUGUUGUUCAAAUAAUUACCGGAUGAAUUAUUCCCCAUUUUAAUUUAUUUAAAUAUAGUUGUAUUAUUCAUUUAUAAUGCAUUUAAUAGAGAUGAUAAUAAGAACAAUUUCAUUUCACAUUGAUGAUGAUGAUGAUGAUGAUUAUUGUCAAAAUCAAACAUUGAGGCAUUGAAAUGUGAAAUGUCUAUUUAAUUAUUGAAAUAUCUAUUGUGAUUGUGAUUAAUUUUGCAUUUUAUUUAAUUAACUAACAUACUCGAUGUAUUGCAUUUACAAAUAAUCUGUAUUGUAAAUAUAUCAAUACAACCAACCGACAAGCAUCGCCAUAACUCAGGGUGUUUUAAACAAAGCAUUUUGUGUUUUUUUUUCUCUCUCUCUCUCCCAUUAAUGAUAAAUUAUUUUUUAUUAUCUCCACUUAUCUUUAAUGUAUUUCUCUUCUCAAUUGUAUUCCUUCAUUUACUUAAUUUCAUUCAUAUCUUCUAUUUAUGAUUUGUAAAUUUAUAUCAUAAUCUUAAUCCCUAUGGUGAUUGUGUUGUGUAUGUGGCUUUUCACCGACUUAUUAUGCAGUUCACUGAUUCAUUCCUUUUGUUUUAUUAAAAUUCUUCUCUUUUCUGAAAUGUAUUUCAAAUUAUAUAAUAAUAAUAAUAAGAAGAAGAAGAAGAAGGUGAAGAAGAACAUUAGCUCAUAAAUUUCACGUAGUUGUUUGUAUUCGUCAUGUGUUGCGGAUGACUUGUUCAAGCAUUCUUGACUCUAACUUAAUAUAUGAUGGAUUAUAUUUUUAACAUUGAGUUUAGUUUACUAAUUUACUUGAAUAAUGAAUGAUCCAAUCCAACUUAUUAAUUUACUUCUUUCCUACCCCUUCCCUCCAAAGAAUAAUUGUAUAUUUUCAAAAUCGAAAGCAUUUAUUGCUUCCUUUACACCUUUGUUAUUCUUUUAUUUUGGAUACAGGAAUAACUGCAAGUGUAUAUAUAUACGCAUGUGUGUGAAAUUUUCCUCUUUAUCCUUUCGAAUCAACUAUAUUAUUAUUAUUACUGACUUAUCUGUCCAUCCUAGGCUAAUAAUUUUGUUCGUAACGAUUCCAAAUUAUUAUAACUUGUCUAUGUUUAAUGGUUUUAUUGUGAUAAUUGUUUUUUUGCUUUGCUGUUAUAAGUAAGAUACGUGUAAUUAAUUAAUCGGUUUGUAAGAAUGAAUUUCCCGAUACGAUAUGUAUGUAUGGUUUUGAUAUCAGUUUAAUAAAUCUCUGUCUGUAUGACAUUCAUUUG